GAGGUGACAGGAGGAGGAGGAGUGUGUAAAAAUACAUCCAUGGUGUCAAACAGAUGAUAGACCGCGGUAUGAAGGGUUCCCCCUGAACCUAAGGAGCAACUGCUCUAAUUUUAGUUGUGCUUGGCUAAAUGAAAUGACAACUGGAUACGUUUGACAGCGAGGAACCCGCAUUUCCAGCUGUACUUGUGUGCAGGUCGGGUUGUCAGAGGACUCACUAAACUCAGAUGGGUCAAGCACUGUGGAGGCUGCCUCCCAGACAACAGCAGCAGCUUCAGGAAGAGCUUGCAGACCGACUGGCUGACCGAGGAGGAGGAGGACAAGAGCAAGGGAGAGAUGGAGGUCCCCAGAGAAGAGUUCCUCAGCAGUGUCAUGGCCCUGACAUCUACCAUCUGCUGAGAACACGCAUGGGAGGUAGGGAACAGCACGGUUUUAUAGAUUUGGAGAUGUUACCACCCGAAUUAGGCAUCACCAUACUGUCGUACCUGAAUGCUACUGAUCUGUGCCUGGCGGGCUGUGUGUGGCAGGACCUGGGAAAUGACGAAUAUCUAUGGCAAGGGCUGUGUAAGUCCACAUGGGGACACUGCUCCAUCUACAACAGAAGACUACCUGCUGGUUUCUCAUACAGAAGACUAUAUCUCCAACUAGAUGAAGGCAGCCUGACAUUCAAUUCCAACUCACAGGAGGGUAUCGGGUAUUUCAUGUCUAAAGGUAUACUAGUGGAUCAUCCGACAGAGCUGGCUAAAUUCAUCUUCUACACUAGACGGCUCAACUGGAAGAUGCUGAGGGUUUACCUGGAUGAAAGGCGGGAUGUCCUGGACGAGUUGGUGACCCUCCAUAACUUCAGUAACCAGUUUCUACCCAACGCUCUGCGGGAUUUCUUCAGACACAUCCACGCGCCAGAGGAGAGAGGAGAGUAUCUGGAAACCCUCAUCACCAAGUUCAGCCACAGGUUUUGUACCUGUAACCCUGGUCUUGUGAGAGACCUGGGCCUCAGUCCUGAUGCGGUGUAUGUGCUGUGCUACAGUCUGAUCCUGCUGUCCAUCGACCUGACCAGCCCCCACGUCAAAAACAAAAUGUCCAAGAGGGAGUUUAUCAGGAACACUCGCCAAGCAGCACAUAAUGUCUCAGACGACUUUGUAGGCCACCUCUAUGACAACAUAUACCUGAUUGGCCACGUGGCUGCGUAGCUCCACCUACCAGCUGACCAGUCAAAAUCCUCAUACUGCACUGAAGAAUAGGAACAGGUGAUUGGGUUCCUAUACUGUCUGGAAAGUAUGAAACUGUGGAGAUUGAUUUUUUACAAUUUUCAUGACAACCAAUAAAUCUUACUAGAAAGUCUCGACAAACAAAUACAAAUCACUGCACUGUGAGAGAGACUGUGCUACCGAAUAUUAGUAAUGUUCAUAGAUUUUAAUCAAAGGUGUGACACAUCUGAAAUGUCUUUAAAACCAAAGUCAGUGCAAAGAAGGAGGUUUUAAAGUGGAACCAUGGCUGCUUCUCAUGUUGCUUAAAUUGCCUCCUCGACUCCUCCACUUGCCUCGUGUCUUAGUCCCUCCCACCGAGGAGGCACGGGAGAGACGUGAGGAAAUCAUGGGAGGAGAGAGGAACCAAGGAAAGGUGUUUCAGAGGGAUGAGACGUCCUUUCCUCUGAUGCGUUACAUUAAUUUGUCAGCUGUUUGGGCGGAGUUAGCAACUCCUUCCAGGAAGGCUGCUCUCUGUAUCCUCGCCUAUGGCUCCACGGCGAUCCCUCCUCGAUGCUCGCUCCUCUGGGUGGACAAAAGGGCUUUGAGACGGCCUUCACGAAGGAGGGACAGAACCACUUCCGGUUCAGCCGAGAAGCGAGGAGCUAUCAAAGAAGCGACAUGAGAAGCAGCCUAUGUAAAACGAGCUAUGAUAACUGCACUGACGGAUGGUGACUACUGAUUGGUGGCGGGAGGAGGCGAAGCACUGCCCUCAGCCUGUCACAGAUGCCAGGACAGUCCUGCUGAUUUCCUAUUGGACAGCUGCUUCACGUUCGCCAGUGGGACAAACACUUGUAGGAAGUGACACAGGGGGGCGUUAUUAUGAGGCGAACACAAGACCACUCACAAACAUCAAUAGUAACAUUUGCCAGCAACUAAUGACAAAGGUACAUGGGAGCUGUUCUGCAAAUCAGUUGACUUGAUACAUUGUCCAGAAUGUCCAAGUGUCACGAUUCAACUAGAUCUGGUUCUCUGUGGCUCAUACUAGAUGUGUUUUUUUGCUCUCCAUUUUAUGAGUAACAUGAACAAGACAACAACACAUUGGGCCUCAUAUAUAUAUAUAUCCUUAAUCCAUACUUUUCUUUUGCUUGUAUGUGUUCCAAGUCCGAGUCACCAUCUGCACAAACUUGACGUAAAUGGCUCAUUUCAGUCUAAUGAAUGUCACCUGUCCUUGAGGAGGUGUGUGCUUGUGAGAUAAAAAAAUUAGCAUAAUCAACACUGCUAAAACUGCCAUAUAGGGCUACCUGUUCCACUCUGUUUUUGUGCAGUUUCAUUCACAAACGUUUAGCAAAGAGGAAAAAGAAGAAUUGCAUAGCGCAGAGCUUCAAGUUCUGCGGCCCAAAGUAUGCUGAUUUAAAAAAACUACCUCUCAGUAAAUUGGCAAGAAAUGAAGAUGAUCAUAUAAUGGACAGUACGUUUGGUUUAGUUGUGCAUUUUAUUUUAGUUGAUUUCGCUUUCAUAUUUAAACUCCAAAUUCAUUCAGAUUAGGCAUUAAUAUAAUUCUUACAUCAAGCAAGUGUUUUUCCCCAGUGGAGAAAGUACAUGGCUGGUGUGAUGGGUUUUGGACCACUUGUGAAUUUGUUCUGUACCGAAGAGAAAAUGUAAAUGACAUGUAAAUCCUAAAAACUGCAUACAUUUAAAUGGAUUGUUUUAGAAUGAAUCUGAAAGGCAACAUAGGUCAAAAAAGCAAAGUAGUUUUUUCAAUGUUGGAACCAGCUACUUUAUAUUUUAUGCAAGCUUUUGUCCAGAUUAUGAUUGAUAACUGAAUGUAUUAACACUGUUUCUGACACACAUGACGUUAGGGAAAUGUAUAAUCUCAUUGCUUUGGAGGUGACAUGCUUCUUGUGCAGCAGAUGGAGCACAGCAGCUUCUAUGUUACGCUACUUUAUGAGGAUGGCAAAUAGUAUUUGGGAAGUCAGUGUUCUUGAUAGACCUGGCUCUAAUUUUGGCAUCAUUAUCAAGGAAAUGGCUAAAGUCAAGUGUAGAGAAAGAGAAUGUUAAGUGAAAAAAUGAAGAAUUUCCAUCAAGUCAUUCUACAAUUUUGGCUCUUGAAUUAUCACGGAAGAACAAUACCACUGGCUAAAGUCUGUGGACGACUGUAGUAAAUUGUAUGAGGUUCAUGAAGUUCUUGUGUUUAAAAAAUAAUAAUACUGCUAUUAUUCAUUUUUCCACAAUGCACACAUAAUUAAUACAGCUUCAGCUUUAGUUCCUGAAGUCAUAGGCUUCCAUUGUUUUUUUACAAAUCCCUGAAAAACAGCCCACAACAUAGCUAUUGCUGCCAUGAUAUAAUAGCAUUAUCCAUCAAUUUAAAUUAGACGUGUAGUUUUAUAAUGACUGUAAAACACCACAGCCGCUGCAGUGUCAUUCUUCCAGAGAUGAAUGAGAAAAGAUUAUUAUGCAUCUGAAAAUUCGACAUCCAAGUGUCAUUUAGCCUUCCAUUCAUGCUCACUAACAGUGCAGGCAUGGAAAAAAGAGAAAAUAUUAUUUGAAACUAUAAUUAUGGUGAUGAAAAUGGAUGGAUGAUGGAUUACAUUUGUCAGUUCAGGAUUUUUGAAAUAGUGGAAGCCUGUUACAUCUGGAGGGCAACACUACAACCGAGUCUGGAGAAAUUAAAGUGUACUGUAUAAAUCAGGACAUAUUGAUGACUUCAAUGUAUUUUCAGCUGUUGCAUUUUUACAAAGGAAUCGGUUUAACAAAGAUUCCCAUCAGACCUGAAUGCAGCAUGAUUGUCACUCUGUGCUAGUAGCUUUGAGUCCCAGCAGCUAGCAUGUAGCCGCAGCUAACAGUGAGGUGUCACAGUGGUCUGAAUGUAACCAUAGGAACAGACAGGCUGACGCAGUGAAGCCGUUUAAAAAAAAACAACCAUUUUAUAACUAAGGGUUUAUAUCAUAUCCUAGAUAUCUAGUUGCAAUACCAACCAACAUGUAUUUAUUUAUUUGAUUUGUUUUCUAUCCAAGUAAAUUCUGUUGUAAGAGUCUGUAAUGAGGAGUCAAUUAGAUUGUAAAUCUGACCAUGGCUGAACUCAGAACAUUAAUAGCAUUGAAGAUUGAUUAUUGCUGAUGAUGCACACUGAUUUAGUUCUAUAACUUAUAAUUGUUUUCUUUAAAUUAUGAAGGAAAUCCACUUCCUGAUGUGUGUUUUUUUUUCUUUGUGGUUACUAGAACACUUUAUGACUGACAAAAUGUACUGAGAAAUUGUUCCAAAUAUCUGACUCAUUAAAUCUGGGCUUGAUUUUGCUGACAUGUUUCUCCUGCAGUUUGACAGCUUGAGGUAUAAAAAGGUAGUAAAACAUUUCAUAAAUUGUAA